AUGCACUACUACAAACUCCGUUAAGGGUUUAUAGCAUUUUUUCUCUGCGCGGACUUUUCUUCACCCUCGCGAAAAAUGUAAACCUCGUGAAUGGGUCCUCCCCUAUACGCAUAUUUUCAUUUUUAUAUACAAUAAAGCGGCCCAAAAAUAUAUAUACAAAUGUAUGUUAUGGAGUGAAUAAUAUUUACAAUACAUAUUGAGAUUGUACAUUCGUGUUUUUUUUUUAUCCUUACCCACGCGACGCGUAGUUUUUCUUUGGGUUUUCACCGCCGAUUGAAUUUUUUUUUUUUUCCCCAUUUGUAAGUUUCCAUAUUUUAUCAACCCACAAUUUUUUUUUUUUUUUUUCCUUUUCAUUUUUUAUAAAUUCAACCAAAAACAGAUGCAAUUGCAAAAUAAAACUCCACUCUGUUUUAAUUUCCCUGGAGAGAACAUUUGAUAAUUCUUUGAACAGAAAAUUUACUCAAGCGAUUGCUUUAUUUAAGAAAAAAAAAAAAGUUUCGUAUAAAUUACGAAUUUGAAACCUCCCUUCUGAAUAACUCUUUAAGUGUUUUCUUCCUUUUAACGCGCAUUUACACAAUGAGCAAGCUAAAUCAGGAUCUCUUAAAAAAAGCCAUCUCCGACGUGUUCGAAGGCACAAAAACGAAAAAGAGAAAAUUCGUUGAGACGAUUGAGCUGCAGAUCGGGCUGAAGGAUUACGACACGCAGAGAGACAAACGUUUUUCAGGAACAGUAAAAUUAUCUAAUGAAGUGAGAAAGAAACUGAAGGUAUGUAUACUGGGAGAUGCUGUACACGUGGAGGAAGCACAGAAACUAGAAUUAGACUAUAUGGACAUAGAAGCGAUGAAAAAAUUAAAUAAAGAUAAAACACUGGUUAAAAAGUUGGCCAAAAAAUAUGAUGCGUUCUUAGCAAGUCAGGUUAUCUUACCACAAAUUCCAAAACUUCUUGGUCCAGGUUUAAACAAGGCAGGAAAGUUUCCUUCCCUAAUUACCCACAAUGAUAAAAUUAAUGACAAAAUUUUAGAAUUAAAGUCUUCCAUAAAAUUUCAACUGAAGAAGGUUUUAUGCAUGGGUGUUCCUGUUGGUCAUGCGAACUUGAAAGAGGAGGAACUCAGAUCCAACAUUGUACAUGCCAUUAACUUUUUGGUUUCUCUUUUGAAAAAAAAUUGGCAGAACAUUAGGACUCUGCACAUUAAGAGCACCAUGGGAAAGCCCCAGAGAAUUUACGGCUAA